UGUUACAGAUUUCACUGCUCCCAUCAGCUCGGAGAUAACAUGUGGCUCUUGACAGCUCUGUUCCUUUGGGUUCCAGUUGGUGGGCAAGUGGACUCCACAAAGGCAGUGAUCACCUUGCAUCCUCCAUGGGUUAGUGUAUUCCAAGAGGAAAAUGUAACCUUAUGGUGUGAGGGAUCCCAUCUGCCUGAGGACAGCUCUCCACGGUGGUUUCUCAACGGCACAACCAUUCAGACCUUGACCCCCAGAUACAGAAUCACUGCUGCCACUGUCAAUGACAGUGGUGAAUACAGGUGCCAGACAGGUCUCUCAGUGCCAAGUGACCCUAUACAGCUGGAAAUCCAUAGAGAUUGGCUACUACUCCAGAUCUCUAACAGAGUUUUCAUCGAAGGGGAUCCUCUGGCCUUGAGGUGUCAUGGAUGGAAGAAUAAGCUGGUGUACAAUAUAGUUUUCUACCAAAAUGGCAAAGCCUUUAAGUUUUCUCCGCAGGAUUCUGAAUUCACCAUUCUGAAAACCAACCUGAGUCACAAUGGCAUCUAUCACUGCUCAGGCAUGGGAUGGCAUCGCUACACAUCAGCAGGAGUAUCUAUCACUAUAAAAGAGCUAUUUCCAGCCCCAGUGCUGAGAGCCUCCUUGUCAUUCCCGCUCCUAGAGGGGAAUCUGGUCAACCUGAGUUGUGAAACCAAGUUGCUCCUACAGAGGCCUGGUUUGCAGCUGUACUUCUCCUUUUACGUGGGCAGCAAGACCCUGAUGAGCAGGAACACAUCCUCUGAAUACCAGAUACUAACUGCUAAAAGAGAAGAUUCUGGGCUAUACUGGUGUGAGGCUACCACAGAAGAUGGAAAUGUCAUCAAGCGCAGCUCUGAGUUGGAGCUUCAAGUGCUUGGCCUCCAGUCACCAACUUCUGUCUGGUUUCAUGUCCUUUUCUAUCUGGCAGUGGGAGUAAUAUUUUUGGUGGACACUAUUUUCUGUACGAUAAUACAUAAGGAACUUCAAAGACAGAAAAAGUGGAAUUUAGAAAUCUCUUUGGGCUCUGGUCAUGAGAAGAAGGUAACUUCCUACCUUCAAAAAGAAAUACAGUCAGAAGAAGAGCUGAAAUGUCAGCAAUAAGAAGAACAGCUGCAGGAAAGGACACUCCAGAAGAAGCCCCAGGAGGGAAAGAAGAAGCCCCCGGAGGGAAAGAAGAAGCGGCAGCUUAGUGGGUGCCCAGACAUCUAGACAGUCCCUCCCCCUUCCUCUCUGGGUAAGCACUGGGGCACAAACAUCCACAAGUUGAAAGACACUAGAACUGUGAGUCCCAUAUCAUCUAACUCUUAAGUAAAGCAAAUAAAUAAGCUGACUUCAAUGAAGACAAACUUGGAAAUUUGGUGAGCAAGGGUGAUUUGAAGUGAGACUUACUCUAAAGUAAUCUUUAAAAACUUCGAAGUCAAGUCUAACCUAAUUAUCCUAUUAGGUAGUUUGAGUAAUAUAUUUUGGGGGACAGGGUUAAAAGAUAAGUGUAUGCAUAUGUGUAAGAAAUUAAGACAGAGAAAGAGAGAGAGAAUGGGAGGGAGUACGAGGAGACAGAGAAAGAGAAAGAGAGGCUAUGAGGCAGACAAGAGGGAAUAGUACAGACCAAAAAGGAAAUAUCACUUACAAAUGAAUUCUGAGAGACCCUGAGAAUGAGAGAGCUCACACCUUGGCAGUGCUCAGGAACGUGCUUACUUCACGGCUUUUCUCUUUUAAUACAAUGUGCAGGGAAU